AUGCCUGCAGGCUCGGAUGGUACGGAUGGCUCGUCCGGAGUUGUUCUGCAGAAGAAGCGCCGUGUUGUUCGUGCAUGUGACCGUUGUCGAAAACUGAAAAUCAAAUGUUCAGGUGAUCAGCCCUGUAUCCAUUGCACGGUUUAUAGCUACGAAUGCACGUACGACCAGCCGAGCAGGACUAAGAAGAAGGCCGCCGCCAGCAGCGUGGGGCCCCAUUCAGGCACGGUGGCGAGCUCGCAACACUCCAGCCUGCCUGCCAAUAAUGUGGAGAUGAUGGCCAGAUUGACCGACAGACUCAAAUUGUACGACGACAUCUUGCACAGACUGUUGCCCGAUAUCAAACUGACCGACUUGAACGACAACCCGAAGCCUAUCAACCCGAUGAAGUUGCUCACGGCGAUGAACAGGUUGCGCGAAAAGUCGUGCGACGACUCCAAAUCGUCGAGCAAAGCAAUCGCAGAGGAGUACGAAAGCCUGCCCGAUGUGCCUGUGCCGCCGGUGCCCAACGUGUCGAAGCCGGCGCCGCCGGUAACGGCUGUCAAGGCGCACGAGUCGCCGUCCGAACGGUCGCAGUUCUGCGGCCCCCACCAGGGCAUCGACGGGUCGUACGAAUCCAGCAUGGGCAAGGAGAUCAAGAUCAUUCUCCCGUCUCGCGAGGUGGCCCUGCGGCUCAUCACCAAGACUUGGGAGAACGCGUGUGUUCUGUUCCGGUUCUACCAUAGGCCAGCGUUCAUUGAGGACCUAAACGAGCUGUACGACACAGAUCCGGGCCAGUAUACCAACAAGCAGCAACGGUUCCUGCCGCUGGUGUACUCUGUGAUGGCCUGCGGAGCGUUGUUCCUGAAGAGCGACGAGCAGACCAACGGGUCGAAAAAUGGCGAGCCAAGCCCCGAAACCGAGUUUUUCGAAGACGAAGGCUACCGCUACUUCAUUGCUGCGCGAAAACUGAUCGACAUCACCGACACGCGAGACACGUACGGCAUCCAGACGAUUGUGAUGCUUAUAAUCUUUUUGCAGUGCUCGGCUAGACUGUCCACAUGCUACGCGUACAUCGGUAUAGCGCUGAGAGCUGCCCUGCGAGAAGGCCUACAUCGGAAACUGGACUAUCCUUUCAAUCCGAUCGAGCUGGAAAUCAGGAAACGGCUUUUCUGGACCAUCUACAAAAUGGACAUCUAUGUGAACACGAUGCUGGGAUUGCCCCGGACAAUCAGCGAGGACGAUUUCGACCAGGACAUGCCAAUCGAGCUGGACGACGAAAAUAUCACCGUUGAUGGCUAUCGGUUCGAGAAACAGGGCGACCGUCUUUCCAGUUCGGGAAUAGCCAACGCGCACACUCAACUGAUCUUCAUCAUGAAGAAGAUAGUCACCAAAUUGUACCCCAUCAAGCCACGCAAGGUGGAAAACGGACGGCGGCCGGACCUCAUGACACACGAUAUUGUCUACCAGCUGGAGAUUGACCUGCAGGACUGGAUGAAUAGUCUUCCCUUGGAACUCAAGCCGGGAGUCGAGCCUUCCAGCCAGUACCUGAAGGCCAACCGAUUGCUUCACAUUUCAUACUUGCACGUCAAAAUCAUUCUGUACAGGCCGUUCAUCCACUACCUCUCGUCAGACCAUGUGAACAGACCAACGUCCUCGAACGACCUCAGAUGUAUUGAAAAAGCAAAGAAUUGCAUCAAUGUCGCCAGAAUUGUCGUCAAGCUCGCCGAGGACAUGAUCAACAAGAACAUGCUAAGCGGAUCGUACUGGUUUUCCAUCUACACAAUAUUUUUCUCUGUCGCAUGCCUGGUUUACUACGUCCACUUUGCGCCGCCAAUCACUCCCAACGGAGACUUUGACCCAGAAUACAUCGCCAUCAAGAGAGACGCAGAGAGCGGCAAACGCGUGCUGGAUAUUCUCAAGGACAGCAGCAUGGCGGCCAGAAGAACCUACAACAUCCUCAACGCGCUGUUCGAGGAACUCAACCGCAAGACGGCGAAUGCCACCAUCAACCAUGAGCCGCCUAAUUCGCAGUUCCUCACACCACAGGUCGGCAAGUCGCAGUUCGAGCGUGACCAGAAAAAAGACCCGAUGUUUAUUCCUCUGCCUCCGUCCAACGUGAGACCUGCAGAGCACGUGCAGCAGCCGUUCAAUGGGUACUCCAAGAUGGAAAAUUCCGAGAUCGACAACAUCGUCAAUGGGGUCAACUUCAUCGACGGAGUGUCCACAGGCAUCAACCUGAAUAUCUCAUCAGACAACAGAAACUCCGACCUGGAAGUCGACCCUACACCGUCUUCCAUGUCGCCUCCAGAUCAGUCAAAGUACAAGUACGUGCCGGGACCGAUGGACCAGCUCGACAUGAAGAUAUUCGGCCGGUUCCUGCCUCCAUACAUGCUGAACUCGAACCAGCAGUCUGCAGACACCACGCCGGAGCCAGAGCCGUACCCAGACCAGUACCAGGAGCCAGAGCCAGAGCAGCCAGGCAACGAUCUUUUUGGAUCCAUUCCGUCUGGACUUUCCACAGUGUCUCAGUCCCAGCAUUCUAAUAAGGGCUUCAACGGCAUGCCACCAAACUACCAAGGAUAUCCAAAACGUUACGACUUUGAGGACAUCUUCUACAGCGACUGGUCUACUGCACCUCCCGGCGAUUUCAACCGAAAAUCCUAA